CUUGGGAUAUAUCUUUAAAUUCCACAGCUUCAUUUUUGAUUACUAGCCUCAAGUCAUGUCAAACUGCACAUACAUGUGUACAGUUUUACAUAAAGUAGCCUAUGUUAUAAGCUUGCAGGUCUACAGUUUGGCUAUACUGGUUAUAAAUACUCACUGCUUACGGUGGAGGGGUAUGACGUCAUGCUCUGUGGGUUGAUAUAACAUGUCGUCACGUUCUGUGGGUUGAUCCAACAUAACGUCAUGUGUGAUAGAGGGAGAGCGUGAAAGGUGAGGCCGCGCGUGCGCAGUAGCAAUUAAGCCCGAGAGCCGAUCUAGUGCAGCAUUCCCGUUUCCAAACGCACAGGAGCGCCGCUUUUUUACAUCGCGCUACCCCAUCCAGACAUUUGAACCGGUGGGAAGACGCCGUUAAAGAAUAAGCUCCCAAACAUGUCUGUGGGUAAUGACUUUGGAAAUCCUUUAAGGAAAUUCAAACUCGUCUUUCUUGGAGAGCAAAGCGUGGGAAAGACGUCCCUGAUCACACGCUUCAUGUAUGACAGCUUUGACAACACGUAUCAGGCGACAAUUGGAAUUGACUUCCUGUCAAAAACCAUGUAUUUGGAAGACAGAACGUCUGGUUUUUCUGACUUGCAGGUUAGGUUGCAGUUGUGGGACACAGCAGGUCAGGAACGUUUUAGGAGCCUCAUCCCAAGCUAUAUACGGGAUUCCACUGUAGCUGUGGUGGUGUAUGACAUUACAAAUGUUAACUCAUUCCAGCAAACUUCUAAAUGGAUCGAUGAUGUCAGAACGGAGAGAGGAAGUGAUGUCAUCAUCAUGCUUGUGGGCAAUAAAACAGAUCUUGCAGAUAAGAGGCAAAUCACGAUCGAGGAAGGCGAGCAGCGGGCCAAGGAACUAAGCGUGAUGUUUAUCGAGACCAGUGCUAAGACGGGCUACAACGUCAAACAGCUGUUUCGACGCGUGGCGGCUGCCCUCCCAGGAAUGGAGAGCAUGCAGGAGCCUAGCAAAGAAGGCAUGAUUGACAUUAAAUUGGACAAACCACAGGAGCCUCCAACUAGUGAGGCCGGGUGUUCCUGUUAAUAGCUCACAUCUGAUUUCACAUCUCAUUUACACCACAUGCUUAUUGUGUUGCUUCCUCUUGGUUAGCUUCCAGUUGUGUUUUCAGAUUGGAUAUUCGGCCUUCCCAUCUGACUUUUAGUAACUGGUUGGAGUCAGUGUUA